AUGGCUACCCUAAACGAGGAAGCAGCUCACCUGCGUAAAGCAGAAGACUCUUGUGAACGCAAUGGUGCAAAGGAAGCGCUAAAGGAUUGCCACAUCUGCCGAAGUUGCAACCAUGCUGGUCUUGAAUACCCAUUGAACACCCUUUAUGGGGUUAGGGAUGGCCCGAUGACUUUCCAGACCGAGCAGCGCCGGGCUACUGGAGUCGAAGUUCCUAUCUACAAGAGACUCUCCGGUUUGUCAUCCACCGGUGCCAUUUACGCCUCGCGCAUUGCGAUGCGUGGACUCCACACUCCCAUUGCUUGUUCCACCACGCACGGCGUCACAACACAUUGGUCCCUCGUAGGCGAUAAAGCCUGGUAA